ACAUCGAGUUCAAUAAACGGGAAACGGAACUAAACGGCUAAAAGCUUGAAAACUUUCUCUCUCUAGGGUUUUAGUAAAUUUGAAAACGAAAAGCAUUUUUCGGAGCGAUCAUGGUGCACGCUAGGGUUUUCGGAGCAUUUGCCGGCCGAGCGCUCAUGGCAGCGGCGGCGGCGGCGAAGGGAGCUGCCAAGAAGACUGCUGCUUCCGCCGCAGCUACCUCCACAGCUGCCGUGAAGAAAACGCCGGUGAGCAGAGGUAGCGGAGGCAUACAGAAAGUCGUUCCGGUCACUUCUGAGCUCGGCAAAUUCAUCGGUUCACCUCAGGUUUCUAGAACUGAAGCUGUUAAGAAAGUGUGGGAAUACAUCAAGCUGCAAAAUCUUCAGAAUCCUGACAACAAGAGGGAGAUUUUUUGUGAUGAUAAGCUGAAGACCAUUUUCGAUGGGAAAGAUAAAGUAGUGUUCACUGAGAUUGCCAGAUUGCUGGCUAACCACUUUGUGAAAUCGUCCUGAAAUUCAGCUUUGGUGGAUUCCUAACUAUGGUAACAUGCUUUAGUACAUUAAGUAGGUCUUUUUAUCUUCAACUACAUAUUUGGUGACCAACUGUUGGAGAAACUUGAAAUUUGUAAUAUUAGAUGUUCACUUCGGUUUGAAAGUGGUGUUAUUUUGUCCCACUGUCUUGAUUUCACGUUGUUAUUAUAUAUGCUUUUGUUAUAUAUUCCAAACCAUAUCUCCAUUACUUCC